AUGCAUACGUCUCGGGAUUACAGAUUACUCUCUUAUUCCCUUGCAGUAAAUUAUAAUGGACUUUGGAGAAACUACCUAAGAUGUAGUCGCGCUAGCGGACUCUUUUUGAUCAUUGGAGACGUGUGUAAUGUGUGUAGCCCCACAUUGGCUCCCAAACGAUGCCUUACGAUAUGGAACAAGCGUCAUCUGGCUUCAAAUUCUUCUUCAUCAAGAGCAACAGGGCGGGUACCUACGAAACUGAGGCAUCAAAAACUGCAAAUUGCUGUCCGAGGUCCUAACAUGUCACGGCAGCUUGGACCCCAAGAGGAAGCUACCCGAAAUGACCCGGCCCCGAAAGACAGUCAACUGACUCAGCAUGGAACGAUCACACGCUAUAGGGAUCGAACAGACGCGCCUGUUCAUGGCCGCCUUGAACAAGAAUAUCCUUAUGCGUCUUUGACAAAGGCGGGGAAUAUUCAUCUGCUCCAUCUCAUACCCAGUCGGGAACAUGACGGUCGGAUCGAAGCCAGACUUGUCAAGUAUCCUUUGCUACCAGUGACGCGAGUAAUGCAUCUAUAUGAAGCCUUGUCUUACUCCUGGGUCACUGGCGGCUUUUCCAGGAGUAUAUACAUUGAUAGCCUGGAGCGGCUGGUGACACACAACCUCCACGAGGCUUUGUUGUGUCUUCGUGAUCCUGAGAUUGUCAGGGUCCUGUGGAUUGACGUUAUCUGCAUCAGCCAAAGCAACGAUACGGAGAAGCAGGGGCAGAUCCCCUUAAUGCCCAGAAUUUACAGUAUGGCCAACCGCGUGAUUAUCUGGCUCGGGACCGCCGGGCCUUUGGAAGGCAGAGCUUUCGAAGUGGUUGGUUUGGCACACAUUAGUCCAUGCCGGGCACUGAAUCAGAAAAGACCGCCAUUCAUGAGCAUAGCACAGUCCUGUUAUGAACUUUGGCUGGGGAUGCGAAGCUCAUGGUCUGCGUACCUACCUAGUCAACACCAUGAUGCAAACCGUCGGGCGAGUCCCUUGAUAACGGGGAAGGAAAACCCCUAUUUGGCAGAUAAGUGA